AUGAGCGCUGAUGCAAUUGUUGAAGCCAAGGACAGUAUUCCAGAAACAACGCCUACUAUGUCGAUAGAAGCGGACACGAUAGAUGUGGAGAAAGCGCCGGGGUCUGAAGACCUGAGGCAGACAUACAAGAGUCGCCUGAGUCGAUGGAUUUCAAGGAUAUCAAAGGCGAUUCAAGGAAGUCCGGAAGAAGAAUGGAACAAGACAAGCGCUGUGAAAAUCGAAGACAACCCAGAAGGAUGGCCGAGACUUGCAGCCGUGGUUGACAGCGACCCUUCUUUCAUGAUAUUCCGCCGAUUCGGAUACCUGCGGGCCAGGCUUCUGGUGUGGCAUCAAGACCGCCUGCGAGAAAUCGAGAAGUCGCUCGAGGAUCUGGACUGGAAGGAUUUCAAUAAUGAACCAACAAGACGAGCACUCUGCUGCCGUGAAGGAGACGAUAGACGACAUCCGGCAAAACGGAAGCAGUUGUUCAACAAGCUGAACAGAGAGCUGAAGCUCUAUGACGAUCUUCUGAAACGCUCGGCCGAGAUACGCCAAUUUGAUGCGCCGAGUCAAAGAGACCGCGAGGCUGUGGCCGCAUUUAUAUGGAAUGAUGGACAGCUUUCCCAACGUGACAGAAGCUAUAUUCAGCAUGUUGACGACCUGAUGGCUAUCUGCAGCGACAAAGAAUCCAGCUGGAUUCAUGGCCUUUUGCUGGCACUUUCACUGAGAAUAAGCGCAGGUAGAUCUUUCCUCAGGUAUUGCUUUCGAAGUAGCACCCAGCGAAGGAAGCUCAGCGGCGGGACACUGCGUCUAGAGCUUUUUGAUAAAGGACGCUUCGACGCAUUUGUCGCCUUCAUCUACACCAUGAUUUUGAUUUGUCUCAUCAUGGGUCCCGUGAUGAUCCUGUACAGGAUUCGACAUGUGGAUGGUUAUCGACAGAUAUUGGUGGCGCUGGCGUUCGCAACCAUGUUCGCUGGCUUGUGUUCAAGCGCCACCAGUGCCAAGCGUCAUGAGGUGUUUGCUGCCACCGCAGCGUAA